AUGUCAAUAGCACUCGACAUGGACGCCGCCAAGUCCCGCAAGCCCACCUCUUCCUCUUCAUCGUCAACGGCGUCGUGUUCCGUGAUCGUCCCAGCCUUCAGGGAGAACCUCAACAUCCGGCCUCUGGUCACGAGACUCUUUCAGGCGUUCGCCUCGCAUCCCCAGGCGAGCGAGUUUAGGGAUGCCGAAGUCAUCAUUGUCGACGACAACUCUCGCGAUGGAUCCGUCGAGACCGUCUCCACCCUCCAAUCGGAGGGCUACAAUGUGCGGAUUGUCGUUCGCACCUCGGAACGCGGUCUGUCCUCCGCCGUCGUUCGUGGGUUUCGAGAGGCCAAAGGCGAACGGAUGAUCUGCAUGGAUGCGGAUCUGCAACAUCCACCCGAGGCAGUGCCCGACCUGCUACUCGCCAUCACCGACAGGAAGCAAUUCGUGCUAGGUACGAGGUACGGCGCAGGAGUUAGCAUGGACAAAGACUGGCCGCUGCACAGACAGAUCAUCUCCUCGGGAGCACGCAUGCUCGCCCGUCCCCUCACCACCGCCUCCGACCCCAUGUCCGGGUUCUUCGGCAUCUCAAAACGCGCCUUCGCCAACGCCGAUCAGAACAUCAACGCGCAAGGCUUCAAGAUCGCUCUCGACCUGCUCGUCAAGAGCGGCGUCUCCGCAGACGCCAUCGCAGAGGUCCCCUUCAGUUUCGGAUUGAGACAGGAGGGCGAGAGCAAGUUGGACGGCAAAGUCAUGCUCAAGUACCUGGAACAGUUGGCCGAGCUGUACAGGUACAGGUUCGGGUUGCUGGCCAUCGUGUUGGUGUUGUUGCUGCUGCUGGUGUUGGCGCUGUAUGUGUGGGCGCAUGUGGUGUCUCCGGUGCUGUUCGGGUGA